AGCAUCUUUGGAGCGAAGUUGCGCGCGGAGUUCUGCACGCGGCUUGGGUGGAAGCAAAGAAAUUGUCCAGGCGAUGCGUGCAAAGUCCAGCUCUCUGUGAGGAAAGAGAGGAAAAGGGGGGAAAGAAAAGGGGGAAGAAAGCAUCGCAAACGUGCAACUUGCUGGAUAUGCGUUGAGUGAUCGGUCGGUUGUGCCAUGCACUGAGGAGCGCGAGGCAGCAGCAGCAGCAGCAGCAUGUCCGCUGGGUUUUGUCGCUGUUUUUGGUGAACACAGACGGAAGGAAUAAUGGUCAGAAGAUGCCUGCUGACGUUCAAACCGUUCAGGAUCUUUGUGGUGGGGAUUGGUUUCUUCAGUCUGUGUUUUUUAAUGACAUCCCUGGGCGGCCAGUUUUCAGCCAAGCGGCUCACCGACUCUCCGUUCACCGUCCGGACAGAAGUGCUGGGAGGUGUGGAGUCCAGAGGAGUUCUGAGGAAGAUCAGUGAUAUGCUGGAGGUCAUUAUGAAGAGGAUGGACAGUCUGUCUAAGCUGGAGCACGUCAACGACUCACGCCGCCUGGAGGAGCUCAGCUCGGCCAUAAACAGGAUCCAGCCAGCUGGACUGGUGGAGAGAAUCCAGGCCAUCGCCCAAAACGUGUCCAAUAUGGCGGUUCGAGUGGAGCAGAUUUUUCAGAAUAGCAUGGCGGCAUCCAGAGUUGUUAGAGAUGGGACAUCAGGUCAGUGUGAUGUUCCCAGAGACCCACACUUCCCGGACUGCCCGGGAAAAGUGGACUGGAUGCGGUCCCGCUGGACCUCAGACCCCUGCUAUGCCUUCUACGGCGUGGAUGGCUCGGACUGCUCAUUCUUGAUCUACCUAAGUGAGGUGGAGUGGUUCUGCCCACCACUAGCAUGGAGAAACCACAGCAGCCCACCUGUGCUACAGAAAAACCCACCCAAACGACAGGCUGCGUUCCGUACAGACCUGAGUGCUCUGCUGGAUCAGGUGGGGACGGGGAAGGAGUCUCUGAGUUUUAUGAAGCGGCGCAUCCGCAGGCUGGCCUCUCAGUGGGCUACCGCCGCCCACAGACUGGACAUCAAACUGCGCAGACGCUGGAGGGAGCAGAAGAAGAUUUUGGUGCAUGUGGGGUUCCUGACGGAGGAGUCCGGAGAUGUGUUCAGUCCGAAGGUCUUGAAGGGGGGACCGCUGGGGGAGAUGGUGCAGUGGGCAGAUAUACUGACUGCACUUUACGUUCUGGGACACAACCUCAAAAUCUCCAUCUCAGUCAAAGAGCUACAGGGAUUUCUUGGCGUGCCCCCAGGAAGAGGAAGCUGUCCACUGACUGGACCGCUGCCCUUUGACCUCAUCUACACAGACUACCACGGCUUACAGCAGAUGAAGCAGCACAUGGGUCUCUCCUUAAAGAAACACAAGUGCCAUAUUCGGGUAAUAGACACGUUUGGGACGGAGCCGGCAUAUAACCAUGAGGAAUAUGCAACCUUACAUGGCUACAGAACCAACUGGGGGUACUGGAACCUCAACUCCAGACAAUAUAUGACCAUGUUUCCUCACACGCCGGAUAACUCCUUCAUGGGUUUCGUGUCAGAGGAGCUGAACGAGACGGAGAAGCGCAACAUUCAGGAGAACAAAGUCAAGAACAUGGCAGUUGUGUAUGGCAAGGAAGCCAGCAUGUGGAAGGGUAAAGAGAAGUUCCUACAGAUUCUGCAUCGCUACAUGGAGGUACAUGGGACGGUGUACUAUGAGACACAGCGCCCCCCGGAGGUCCCUGCCUUUGUUAAGAACCAUGGACUGCUGCCCCAGCAGGAGUUGCAACAACUUCUGCGCAAGGCUAAGCUCUUCAUUGGUUUUGGUUUUCCCUAUGAAGGCCCCGCCCCGUUAGAAGCAAUAGCCAAUGGGUGUAUUUACCUGCAACCCAAGUUCCACCCUCCCCACAGCUCACUCAAUCAUGAGUUUUUCAGGGGGAAGCCUACAUCCAGAGAGGUGUCCUCUCAGCACCCGUAUGCAGAGCAAUACAUCGGGCGGCCUCACGUCAUGACUGUGGACUACAACAACUCUGAGGAGUUUGAGACAGCGGUCCGAGAGAUCAUGAGGACAAAGGUGGAGCCGUAUUUGCCCUACGAGUAUACGUGUGAGGGGAUGCUUGAGAGGGUUCAUGCUUACAUUCAGCAUCAGGACUUUUGCAGUCCAGAGGCUCCAUUUCCUCCAGCCAACGCCUCCAGAGUUUGGCCUAGGGGUCCGUUCACCCUGCUGCCCAACUCAACGCUCCUAGGCUGGGCUUCUAACUCUACAGCGCCACCCUGCUGGCCUCCACUGAGCGCCCUGAGGCUCAUGGUGUCCAAAGAGGGCCAGUCGUGCGUGGAGGCCUGCCAGACCUCAGGCUUGGUGUGUGAACCUGCCUUCUUUCGCUUCAUCAACAACAAGGAGGCACUGAGCAAGCUGGAGAUCCAGUGCGAGGUGGUGGAGCUGGAGGUGAACCACAUCUUUCCGGCAUUCUCUGUAACUAGGCGCGAGUGUGGCCUGCAGAAGGAAUUGCUCUUGUUCAGCUGCGCAGGCUUUAGCGCUAAAUACAGACGCAUCUGUCCCUGCAGGGACUUCCGCAAAGGCCAGGUGGCGCUAUGCAGGGACUGCUUAUGAUGAUAGAGGUGUCUGUUCUGGACCAGCCGUCCAAGUCUCUGGAGAAGCCCGGAGUGGCCCGGUUCCUCUAGGUUCUUCUCGGUUCCAGAGGUCAUAGCCGACAUGUAGCUCCAUCUAACACCUAGCAGAGGCGAGCACUCAGCUGAGGCUAGCACCUGGCGAAGGCUAGCCCUUAGAAGAGGAGACAGCUAUUUGCUAAUAUUUGGGUAUGUGUAAGAGUGUCUUGAAAGGAAAGAGGAAAUGCCCAAUCAAAGCUGCUGGACAAGUGUCCCAUCUCUGCCUCUGCCCAAAUUCUAUGCUAGCAUCAGGUCACAGGGUAAAGUGAUCAGCAAGAGAUACCACAGGUACACUUUGGUACUGUAUUCUACAGGAGGUGAUUUCUCCCAUAACUGCUGUUUCCGGCCA